AUGAGUUCCUCUCUUUGUGCACCUCUUGGAACAAGAAGAGGAAGAGGUGGUUAUGUUGAAGAUGGGUCAUCAAGACAAGAUGUUCCAAUUGUGGUGAGAGAGGGUGUUUAUUUGACAUGGGAGUAGUUGUGGGUGACAAUGUCAAAACCAAGUGGAAAGGAUGGCAAGAAGGCAAUAAUCCUUGAAAGCCAAACAGGGUAUGCCAAGCCAGGAGAGCUUCUUGCUGUUAUGGGUCCUUCUGGUUGUGGCAAGACCACACUUCUUGAUGCCUUAGCAGGUAGGUUGAAUUCAAAAGCAAAACAGACAGGUGAUAUCUUAAUCAAUGGACGCAAACAAGCACUUGCUUAUGGAACAUCAGCAUAUCUAACACAAGAAGAUGCUAUGUUGACCACACUAACAGUUGAAGAAGCAGUGUACUACUCAGCUCAACUCCAAUUACCAGAUUCAAUGUCCAAGUUUGAAAAGAAAGAAAGAGCUGAAUUCACAAUCAAGGAAAUGGGUUUGCAAGAUGCCAUUCACACAAGGAUUGGAGGGUGUGGUUCCAAAGGCAUUAGUGGUGGCCAGAAAAGGAGAGUUAGCAUUUGCAUUGAGAUUAUUACACGUCCUAACCUUCUAUUCCUUGAUGAACCAACUAGUGGACUUGAUAGUGCAGCUUCUUUUUAUGUUAUGAACAGAAUAGCAAGAUUGAAUAAAACUGAUGGCAUUCAAAGGACUAUUAUUGCUUCUAUUCAUCAACCUAACACUCAAGUUUUCCAACUCUUUCACAACCUUUGUCUUCUUUCUAAUGGUAAAUUAGUCUACUUUGGCCCUGCUUCUGCUGCGAAUAAGUUUUUUGCAUUGAAUGGUUUUCCCUGCCCAACUCUCCAGAAUCCUUCUGAUCAUUUUGUGAAAACCAUUAAUAAGGAUUUUGAGCUGGAGAACCCUGAGCAAGGAUUAACUGAUGGACUUACCACAGAAGAAGCUAUUUACAUGCUUGUAAAAUCAUACCAAUCAUCUGAAACUAGUCAACAAAUUCAAACAGAAAUAGUUGCCAUAAGAACUGGUGAUUCUAGUGCAAUGGAGAAGAAAAGCAAUGCUGCAUUCUUUACUCAAUGCAUUGUUCUUACAAGAAGAUCAUACUUGAAUAUGUAUCGCGAUUUAGGCUACUACUGGCUACGCCUAUUUAUCUAUGGCGCUUUGGCUAUAUGCCUUGGUACAAUUUUCUACAACAUUGGUUCAAGCAAAGAAUCAGCUCAGGCUAGAGGCUCAUUGCUCAUGUUUGUGGCCACAUUCCUCACUUUCAUAACCAUUGGUGGAUUUCCUUCCUUUGUAGAGGAAAUGAAGGUAUUUGAAAAAGAGAGACUUAAUGGACAUUAUGGUGUCACUGCAUACAUCAUUGGACAAACAUUAUCAUCCAUUCCAUACAUAUUAUUGAUAUCACUGAUACCAGGAGCAAUUGUUUAUUACCUAACUAAUCUUCACCAUAGUUGUCAACACUUUGUGUACUUCACUUGUGUCCUUUUUGUUUCUGUGAUGUUAGUUGAGAGCCUUAUGAUGAUUGUUGCCAGCAUGGUUCCAAAUUUCUUGACUGGAAUAAUCACUGGCUGUGGGAUUCUGGGAGUAAUGAUGUUAAAUGGUGGAUUCUAUAAGUUGCCAAGUGAUCUUCCUAAACCAAUUUGGAAAUACCCUUUAUACUACAUUUCAAUUCACAAGUAUGCAUACCAAGGAUUGUUCAAGAAUGAGUUUGAAGGUCUAACAUUUACCAACAAAAAUAAUAAUGAUCAAGCUGGGGAGCAUAUGAAGAACAUUAGUGGUGAAGACAUGCUAAGAGACUUAUGGGAAGUGGAAAUGUGUCACUCAAAGUGGGUUGAUCUUUUCAUAUUGUUGGGGAUGUUGGUUUUGUAUAGAGUUUUGUUCUUGGUGAUCAUCAAGGCCAUGGAAAAAGUGAAGCCUAUUGUUGCAGCCUUCAAGUGGAAAUAG